UCCGCACACAUUCCUCCACAGCAAACUCUCUGCCAGCACCUAAACUGCCGCCAUCUGAAUACCUUUCCUCAGACCUCGGCUCAUGAGCUCCAUUCAGUCACGAUGGUUCCAUGCUUCAACACUCGUUAAUAGCACCCUGUAUAUCACAGGGGGAACUCAGCGGGAUAAUGCCGGAGCGACAUCGAUCUCAGACGAAUGCCUUGCGCUUGACCUGAGCCAGCCGUGGUCAAUAGAGAAACCAUUGUUCAUGACUAUGCCUCGUCUGAGUAUGCCCCUCAGUGGACAUUCUAUGAACAAAGUCCCAGGAUCAACGCAGCUGCUUGUUGCUGGAGGGGAAUCGACUGCCAACUUGACCAUCUUCCCCAUCCUGCUCUUUGAAACCUCCGGGGGCAGUAUGCAGAACAUCGCUGAUGGCACUUGGAUCUCCCCCACAAAACCUGCCAACAUUGCUGCAUCUCCAUAUCGAUUGUACCCCGCAUCUAUCACCACGGGCAAGGAUGGAGUGCUCCUACAUGGUGGCUAUCCAACCACGGCGGUUGUCAAUGCCACGGUCCUUUCAUCAUUGGUCACACUAAAGCCUAGCAAUAACUUUGCGCCCAAAUACUCUGCACCUGUGUCGAUGGCACUCAAUUCACCAGCGCUCGCAAGACAUACCAUGACCCUGAUGCCCGAUGGGCGUGCCAUCAUCCUUGGUGGAACAACUUCGCAGAAUGUGCUGACGAACCUCUCCAUGGCCUACGUUAUGGAUACUCAGGCUAGUAAUGCAUCGUGGAACAUAGUUUCACUCUCGGGGAAGCCACCAGAUCCGCGCGUGGCCUUUUCGACAGUUCUGGUCAACACAACCACGUUGCUUCUGUAUGGCGGAACAUCAGAUUUCAAGUCAGCAUUCUGGGUUACUUUCUAUCUGGAUCUACCCACGAUGGCCUGGUCCUCACCCAUGGCCCAGGGUAGGGCUCCUCGGCGAUGGGGCCACACCGCAACCAUGGCCGGAAGUACCAUGGUAGUUGCCUUUGGGAUAUUUAUAAAAGCAAUAACGACAAAUCCCAGCAAACUAGCCGUUAUUGGGAUGUUUGGGCAUGUGUGUAUUGAUAAAUCAUGAUUGACAUGAGACGUCUACGCAUGAUAUAUAAACCAUUUGCCUUAUUACGCCUACUCAUGGCUUUUGUCAUCGAUAACAUUAUUUU